AUGGCGCUCGCGGCCGGGCCUCCUGUGCAGCGGCGCGCAGGGGAGCCGCAGCCCGCGCGGCCGGCAACCACGCCGCCUGCGUGGCAGCAGCAACUUCAGCCGCAGCAGCAGCAGCUGCGUGUGCCGCGGCAGCACGGCCCGCCUGCGUGGACGGCGGGUGCGAAUGGCCCUGCCGAGGUAUUAUGUGUAGAAGCCGCCUUGGAUAUGUUCGACUCCGGGUCGGGCCUGCGGCGAUUGGCGGCCGCGCUGCCACCGGCGCUGUUCGUGCACCUCUUGGGGGAGCACGACGCCCUCGAGCGCGCGCGGCGGCGCGCGGCCGCGGCGGACGCCGCGGUGGCGGCGGUCGAGGGGGUGCUCGCCGCCAAGCGGUCGGAGGCGGCCGCCGCGCAUGCCGCCGCGGCGUCGGCCGGGCGGCGGCUGCACUCUGCAUUAAGGCAGCUGGAGCCCCUGGGCUCCGCCUGCGGCGGCGGGGCGGCCGGCGGUGCCGGGCGGGCAGAGGGGGCGACUGGGCCCGUGGCUUGCGCGCUGCGCCUGACAGGGGCUGGGCGCGGCGCUGCCUGA